AAAUUGUAAUUGAACCAGAAACCCAUGUCAAUCAUGUAUUAAGCUUUCUAUAACUAGUCAGCAUCUUAGCUUCUUUCUAGCAAUUGGAGCACCGCCGUUUUCUUCAUAAUGGCUCAACUUGGUUUAGAUAGGAUUUUUACUACACUUGAGCUUUCACUUUUGUUUCUUUUUGUCCAGUGUUCAGUUGCUGAGAUUAUUUUUGAGGAAAAAUUUGAUGAUGGGUGGCAAAGCCGUUGGGUUAAAUCUGACUGGAAGAAAAGUGAAGGAAAGGCUGGCUCGUUCAAACACACCGCUGGGAAGUGGUCUGGAGAUCCAGAUGAUAAAGGUAUUCAAACAAGUGGUGAUGCCAAACAUUAUGCAAUAUCUGCAAAGAUACCAGAGUUCAGUAACAAGAACAGAACAUUGGUUCUCCAAUAUUCAGUUAGGUUUGAGCAGGAAAUUGAGUGUGGUGGUGGUUACAUAAAGCUUCUCUCUGGGUUUGUAAAUCAAAAGAAAUUCGGUGGAGACACCCCAUACAGUUUAAUGUUUGGACCAGAUAUAUGUGGCACACAAACAAAGAAGCUGCACGUCAUACUCUCAUACCAGGGCCAAAAUUAUCCGUUAAAGAAGGAUUUAGAAUGUGAAACUGACAAAUUGACUCAUUUCUACGCAUUUAUUCUAAGGCCUGAUGCAAGUUAUAGCAUCCUUAUUGAUGGCCGGGAAAGGGAUUCUGGAAGCAUGUACACAGAUUGGGAUAUUCUUCCUCCACGAAAAAUUAAAGAUGUCAAUGCCAAAAAGCCUAAAGACUGGGAAUAUAGAGAGUAUAUUGAUGAUCCUAAUGCUGUAAAACCCGAGGGAUAUGAUAAAAUUCCAAAAGAAAUUCCUGACCCAAAUGCUAAAGAGCCUGAUGAUUGGGAUGAUGAAGUAAAUGGUAUAUGGAAGCCAGCAAUGAUACCAAAUCCAGCAUACAAAGGACCAUGGAAGCCCAAGAGAAUCAAGAACCCUAAUUAUAAGGGGAAAUGGAAGGUUCCUUAUAUUGAUAAUCCAGAGUUUGAAGAUGAUCCUGAUCUUUACGUUCUUAAGCCAAUAAAAUAUGUGGGGAUUGAAGUUUGGCAGGUUAAGGCCGGGUCAGUGUUUGACAAUGUUUUGAUAUGUGAUGAUCCAGAAUAUGCAAAAGAAGUGGUCCAGGAAGUAUUUGCCAAUAGGGAGAUAGAAAAGGAAGCUUUUGAGGAAGCAGAAAAAAUCCGAAAAGCUAGGGAGGAAGAGGAAGCUCAAAGAGCUAGAGAGGAAGGUGAAAGGAGGAGAAGAGAGAGAGGGUAUGAUCGUCGCCACCAAGACAGAUAUAGAGAUAAAUACAGAAGGCAUCCCCGUGAUUACAUGGAUGAUUAUCAUGAUGAGCUGUGAAUGGUUUUCAUCUUCCUUCUUCCUUCUUCAAGCUCCACAUGCUGCAGCCACUGCCUGGAAUCUGAAUUGAAACACAAAUACCUUGCAAUAAUGUUAUUUUGGCUUGAUUCUUGUAGAAUUUUCAGCUGCAAUUGUACUAGAAGAAAAAAAAAAUGAAUAUAUAUAUGUACUCUUUUAUGCAUCAACUUAGUAUGGAUUAAGAGAUGUUUGACCUAAUUUAUAAAACUUAGCUUAUAAGUACCAUGAACUUAUAAGUUAAUUUGAGUUUAUAAGUUAAAAUUAA